UACCCAUAUCGCCUCCGCUUCAUCACCACCACCGCCACCACUACCAACCACUGUGUCCUCUCCCUCAAGGCCAAACCCGUAAUUUCACAAGGAAUAAGCCGCGCCCAGGAGCUGGAAGAACCCAUGGACCCCACUCUCGGUCGCGCCUGCAUAGCCGAGCCAUGGUGGCUCUUGUCAGUCACUGACUCCGCCAUUGUUGAGAGAGUGAAGCAAGAGUUUGGGGUUUCUGGGUUGGUUUGCUUAGGUAGGUUUAGGAAUGUGAGGUCGGUGUAUGAUUGGCAAGGGUUAAAGAUUGAGGUGGGUGAGACUAACUUUGAUUUUGGAACGUGUUAUGAGGUGGAAUGUGAGACUGGUGAUCCUGAACGGGACAAGAAGGUGAUUGAGAGGUUUUUGGAGGAUAAUGGGAUUGGGUUUGAGUAUUCCCAGGUGUCCAAAUUCGCGGUGUUUCGGUCAGGCAAGUUGCCAUUGUAAGUCUGUCUAAUGUUUUGAUUUUGUUUUUGUUCUGUGAUGCAGUGCUUAUGUAAUCAUAGGUCUUAGAAUUGGACAGCUUUUUGUUUGCUUUAAUGUGUGUGUGUGUUGAUAAUUGGAUAGUUACAACAGGGGAGGUGAAAUUAAAUUUGAACCUGAAUGUUUUAGUUGAAAACAGCAGGAGAUGCCAGUUGAGCUAUAUUGUGGGCUUGAAUAUUUGUGUUUCCUGUUAGUGUGCGUUUGGGAAGCCA